AGUGCAGACGGGGCAUGACUUUUCUUUUCGCACUUUUAACAGUUGGUAGGGAGAGGUGAGUCAGCCUGUGGCCGCGGCGGAUUUCAUAUUGGAGUCUAUAGGUGCAAGAGCAAGAAAGAAAGCAGCCUUUCUCGUCCGAAUUUUGUUGGUGAUCGACAGGCGUUGGCAUGGCAGACGACGACUCGUUGAACGGGGUGCACGAAGAGGUGCCCGAGAUUGAGCUCAUCAUCAAGGCGUCCACAAUCGAUGGCCGAAGAAAAGGCGCGUGUCUCUUUUGCCAGGAGUACUUCAUGGACCUGUACUUGUUGGCCGAGUUGAAAACCAUCAGGCUCAAGGUGACGACGGUGGACAUGCAGAAGCCGCCGCCAGACUUCAGGACAAACUUUGAGGCCACUCCUCCGCCCAUUUUGGUCGACAAUGGACUGGCCGUUUUGGAGAAUGAGAAAAUCGAACGGCACAUCAUGAAGAACGUGCCUGGCGGACACAACCUGUUCGUCCAGGACAAGGAAGUCGCCACUCUCAUCGAAAAUUUGUACAGUAAAUUGAAACUGAUGUUAUUGAAGAAGGAUGACACCAAGGUCAGCGCCCUGAUGUCUCACCUGCGCAAGAUUGACGAGCAUCUUGCUCGCAAGGGCACCCGAUUCCUCACAGGUGACACCAUGUGCUGCUUCGAUUGCGAGCUCAUGCCCAGACUCCAGCACAUCAGAGUUGCAGGAAAGUACUUUAUGGACUUUGAAAUCCCGAUCGAGUUCAACAGUCUGUGGCGCUACAUGUAUCACAUGUACCAGCUGGACGCUUUCACCCAGAGCUGCCCGGCCGACCAAGACAUCAUCAACCACUACAAAUUGCAACAGAACGUCAAGAUGAAGAAGCACGAGGAGUUGGAGACGCCGACCUUCACGACCUCCAUACCGGUCAAUGUGGACAUCAACUAACACCCCAGCAGUUCUUCUUCUUCUGUCCUGAGCAUUUCAUUUCCUCAAUGAAAAUGCAUUACAAUGACCUAGUUGAUCAUGUUCAAAGCACGCUUGUGUCCACCAAUAGAUGUCUGAGCUGCCUAUUGGAAAAUAUUCCAACUAUUCGACAAUAUAUUUUUAACUUUUAAGGAGAAUUCCUUUCAAGCAAUUAUUAUUUAGGUGCGUUUUUUUAGCUCUGAUAUCUAUUUGUAGUCGAGUGCGUGAGUCUUUUUCAUUCUUAAAAGAAGUAACCAUGAUAUAAGUUUGAUAACAGAAAGAAGCACGGAAGUUGCUUUUUUAAGUAACCAUUACUUUUUAAGCAUUAAACCUGCAUUAUUGUUUGAUUUGAGCUCCGAGAGGUCCUUGGAUUUGUAUUUUUUAGAUUAUUAUUAUUUGUGUUCAAGUCGUACUUUUUCUUUACUGGGUACGAUGAACUUCGGAUCUAAACACUGCAGUGAAAGUGACUGCCCUCUCUCUUGUGUUUCAGUAGGGAUAGUCAGGAAUACUUGUGCAGAACAAGGGAUUAUCAUCACCUUUAUUAAUUAAUCAAUUGAGAAUUUAUAUAAUAUGUAGUUGCCAUCUCUUGUGAGAAAAUGUGAUUUUUGGCAAGCUUUUGAUACAAAGAGUUUCUUACUGGCCAAAAACUGGUUGCCUCGGCCUACUCGUCCUAGGACGAGUGCUUCGAUUAACUAAUAUAAAUAACCCCAAUGCCAUAAUUAAAAUCCUUUCUGGUUCUGUGAUGAUCCCGUGUUUUCUCGUUGCAUUCCCAUGUAAAUGUAUAUUCAUUCACGCUAAUUCUGCUCUGAACAAGUGCCUCGAAGUCACUUUAUGUAACUUUCUCAGUAAGUUAAGGUUGAUCGCAAGUCUUCUUCACAUUCGAAUAACAAUAAAAUGAUAAGGUUAAUUACUACCAAA